UAAACACAAGGCAUUAGCAACUUGGUGUCAUUAAUUACCAAAACCAAACUUGGGCUUUCAGCAGGAGCGGGUCAAGGCCGAGUUCUGGAAAUGGUUCAAGUGUGAAGACGGACAGGAGGAGAGGGCAGAUAAGCACAUUGAGAAAACCUGCAAAUCAAGAAUCUCCAACAUGCACUACGAGGAGCGCAUCACUCUCACCAUCAAGUACUACGCCGAGCACCUUAGUCAGAAGAUCAACAAGGCAGAGGCAAGACAGUCGCUUCUGACCCAGGAACAGUUCCUAGAGAUGAUUCCAUGGUGGUGCGCGUCAUAUGCCGACUGUUGGGAGAAGAUUGUGAACAGUUGGUUUGUGCCUGGAGUAGCCGAGGAUCGCGACUCCCACCGUGACCGGGCUAAGCAGAAGCAAGACCCCACACACCAUCAAGGAAGCAGCAGCCUCAGCGGGUACCAAAAAAAUGGUCGUCUUCGCAUGGUGGCCGGACUUUGUCAAAGUUCCAGGCAUAUGGAAUGGCCCGCAAGGCAAAGGCGUCUUCCGAUGUCACCUUCAACGUGGAUGACCCGCCCGAGGCGUACAGCGACCCGGGCAUCCACGCACGCAUCACUACCUAUGCGUCUGAGGUUAGGUCGGUUCGGUCAGACUGGGAUCCGAGCACCGAUGACAUUGAUGGGACGGUGGUCAUGA